AUGGAGUUUUGGGAUAUACCGAGGUUUGAAGAUUUCGUUAGUGGGAUUUUUUCAAUUCUCGGGCAUUUAAAAGUGUGGAGGAAAAAUGAUAUUUCACGAGUUAGAAGAAUGUUCGACUUAUUAUUGGUUGCAUAUCUGAUGUUUUUCAAUGUCCUAUUGAUUGUUUCUGAGUUUUUGGAUGCAGGAAAUUACUACGAUUUAUCCAGUUUCGCCGCUCAUAUUAAUCCACUAUUUUUGCAUUGCUUGGGACUUUUCAAGUGGAGUUAUUGCAUACUUCAUCAUGGGGAGAUUGUAGAACUUGUCAAGUGUAUGGAGAAUUGUCAUAAUUUAUGUAAAAGGAUCAAUCUACAGGAUAUCGAAUAUCAAAAGUACAAAUUGAAAUUAUUCAGAUGUCAAAAAAAUUCAACGCUGUUCAUGAACGUAUGGUUUUUCGUGGCAAUAGGUGGAGUAAUGCAAUGGUGUACUAACCCAGUGAUGUAUGAUUUCUAUGAACAAUAUUAUGGCGGAAAAAUCAUUCAGUCAAGUGCGAUGAGGCGCUUGCCUUAUCCAGGAUUGUUCCCCUGGGAGAUAAAUAGCAUUUCACGAUACAUCAUGAGUUUUGCUUUCCAGUUAUGGGGUGGAAUUGGAUCUACAGUUGGCGUCGCUGUAUUUGAUAUAUUGAAUUUGACGUUCAUGAUGUAUAUUUGUGUUCAGUUGGAUUAUCUAAAGGACACGUUAUUGGAUAAAAAUAAGGAACAAAAUUAUAUAUGCAAUAAGAUUCAGAUUUAUGAAUUGGAGGAGAAACUGAAAAAUUGUAUUCGACACCAUGAUAAAAUUCUAAUAUUUCUUACGAAACUGGAAAAAUUUUCAACAGGCCCGAUGUUUGUACAAUGCGUGGGGACCAUUAUUGCACUUUGUUUGAUUUCUUUUGAAGCCUCAACAAUCCAAUUUAAUGGAAGCAUAGAACCUAUAAUGAAAACAAUCAUGAUGUUUGAAUACUGGAGCAGUAUCGUGGCUGAACUAUUUCUGUAUUGCUACAUUGCUUCUAAAAUUGGAGACUUAGGAACGGACGUUGGUCAAGCGAUAUAUGCCAGCAACUGGGAGCAGUCCUAUGUAGAAUACUCAGUCGAUAAUAAGAGCAAACGAAAAAUUUCCGCCAUCACCAAUAUCAUUCAAUUCAGUAUCAUGCGUGCUCAACGUCCAAUUCUCAUAACGGGUGGUGGUUUUUAUAUUCUGUGUUUACCAACAUUCAAAGCUCUGGUGGGACUCUCUGUGUCAAAUGCUCUUAUACUUCGACAACUCCAAGAAGAUGGUUAA